AUGUUCGUCACGAGGAGUCUCUCGAGACACUGCUCGAGAACUUGUAAAUGGUCUUUAUCUUCUCUCCUUCAAUCCGAUUCAUGUAUUGGGAAUCGGGUUUUGUCAUCGAGUCCUGAUACGAGCACUGGUAGCUCAAGUGUAGGAGGUAACUCUAAUUCGCUUCAGCCAUUGAUGAAUCAAGUGUUCAAAGGAUGGUCUCGAGGUAUGUCAACAUCGAGAGGAAGGAGUAUGAGGAGCAAAGUUGAGAGUAGAAUGCGGAAAGAGUCUGGUAAGACGUUAAGAGAGAUUAGGAGAGCUAAGAAGUUGAAGAAGAAACUCAUGACUGAUGAAGAACGGCUCAUUUACAAUCUCAAAAGGGCGAAGAAGAAAGUUGCGCUUUUGUUGCAAAAGCUUAAGAAGUAUGAUCUUCCUGAGCUACCGUCUCCGGUGCAUGAUCCUGAGCUUUUCACAUCCGAGCAGAUACAAGCGUUCAAGAAAAUCGGAUUCAAGAAUAAAAACUAUGUUCCUGUUGGUGUUCGUGGAGUCUUUGGAGGAGUGGUGCAAAAUAUGCAUAUGCACUGGAAGUUUCAUGAGACUGUGCAAGUUUGUUGUGAUAACUUCCCUAAGGAAAAGAUUAAAGAGAUGGCAAGCAUGAUAGCAAGACUUAGCGGCGGGAUAGUCAUUAACAUACAUAAUGUGAAAACUAUUAUUAUGUUUCGUGGUAGAAACUACCGGCAGCCCAAGAACUUAAUCCCUGUUAACACCCUCACAAAGCGGAAGGCUUUAUUCAAAGCGAGAUUUGAACAAGCGCUUGAGUCUCAGAAGCUGAACAUAAAGAAAACAGAACAACAGCUACGGAGAAUGGGUGUUAACCCCGAAGAUCCGGUUGCCAUGGCUAGCAUCCAGAGAGUUGCCUCAACAUUCUUCAAUGCAAUCGACAAAAAGGAAGGAAGUCCGUAUGUCUUCCAUGGAGAUAAACAAGCAGAACGAGGCGGUGGUGUUGAAAAUACAGAAGAAUCAGAACCGGUCGAUGAAGAUAGUGACCAGGAGGAGCUAGACAGAUUCAUAGCUGAGAUAGAAGAAGCAGCAGACAAGGAGUGGGAGGAAGAGGAAGCUGCUGAGCAAGAAGAAUCUGGUCGGAUAAGGUAUUGGAACCGAGAGGAGUUUGCAGGAAGAAGCAGAACACCUGAACUGCGUAGUUAUGGAGAUUCAAGUCAUGGCUUUAGAAGAAAUGAAAGGGAUACACGUAGCCAGAGGAGGUCCAGCGAUGGUGAUGAAGAUGACGACGGUGAAUUUGAUUCUGAUGAGGAUGAUGAAAUUCCAAAGAGAUUUGAUAGAGCAAGAUCAUCAUCAAACAUAAACACAAGAAGGCCGAGAGAGGAUUUUAAGAGAAGAAGCCCCGAUCCUCGACCUCGACCUCGACCUCGACCUCAAGUGAGGAGUGAUGACGAUGUAUUGAGUGAUCUUGAUAACACAAUGUGGGAAUCAGAAGAUGAAGAAGAUGCACCACCGGCGAAUUAUAUUUCGAGCAGUGAUGAUGAGGAUGAAAACAGAACAAUCUCAUCAUCUAAACAACCAAGAUUCAGGAACAGUAAUUCAAUCAACAAUUCAAAGACUAAAAGUGGAAAACAGAGGGAUGAGGAUUGGGAUAGUGAUUAGAAAGGAAGACUACAAGAUCACAGAGUUUCUGAUAUUGUUAUUUGUCUUCAUUGGUGCCUAAUUAUCAAAUGAGAAACUGAGAGAUGUUAAACUCUGGUCUGAAUAUUGAAGGCUGAUCUAUCUAUUGUUAAGUUCAGUUUCUGAUAGUUCAGUGAAAGAUAAAGAACAUGAUACGCCAAACUCUGUUCUUCCCAUUUGUAAUUCAGAUUCUGGUAUUACAGUGGCAAAUUAAGAUGA